AUGGGAAACCGCAAGCGCUUGGUGGUGACUGGGCUGAAAGCACGAGGAGAGCUCUCGCAGCCGCCACCCGCCGGGCACAGCCGGGACUCGGGACCGGCCCCCACUCGCCUCCCGCCCGCCCUCCCCGUGCCCGGAAGCGCACGGCGGCCGUCCCUGAGCGCCCGGCCCGGCGCGGGAGCCGCCACGGGAGCCGCUCGCAGCGCCGCGGCCGCCGCCGCCCGCCCGCCGCCUCCGGGGCGUCCCCCGGCCCCACAGCUGACGGCGCUGGAGUGGCGCAUCGUGGAGCUGCACCGGGAGGCGGCUGCGGCGGGCCGGCAGACCUACGUGGACCCAGCCACGGGCUACCAGGUGCUCACCGAGGCUGCCCACUUGCGGAGAGGUAAAUGCUGUGGCUCUGCGUGCAGACAUUGUCCAUAUGAGCAAGUUAACGUAAGAGACCAGUCGAAAAAGAAGCGCUUCAACUCUUUUUUCUAUGUGUGACCGUGAACGCCUCUGCACUCAGCGAGAACGGCUGCAGGACCUGAGCACACCUUGUAGCUCCACGUGGCUGCCACCACCAGCUCACUGCCAUGCGCCGUGCCUGCAGCCGGCACACGGUGACUGCGCUUUUGUUGCAAUAAAGCACCAACUGAAUGGUG